CUGCACAGAUUUUAAUAGAGAGUUAUUGACGUUGAUUGUCCUGAACUGCAUCGAGUGUACAUUGUGUCGGUACGGUAUAGGUCCUCGUGAUGCGGCGGUUUUAGGUCACAGCUACGAUACUUGAACAUUUAAAAUCUGGCAACACUGCAGCGGAAGUAGAACCGACGGUGUAACCGCAGUGACCGACGCAGAACCGACUGGAAGCUCUCGCCCAGUCUACACUGACGGGGGGUCGAGUCUUUGCGCCACUGAUGGCAAACGACAGGCAGCGUCUUGGCUGAGCAGAAGAUGACAGUUGUCCUCCAGUGUCUGAAGCAGCAGAGACCCGGACAAUCAGCGCUGGUGCAGCGGACGGUGUGGCUUCACGGAACAGAAGAUGACGUGGUGGUGGUGGCCCCUCCUCCCGGCUCUGCUCCUCCUCUCUGAGCUCUCUGUGGCACGGGUCCAGACGGCACCGUGUCAGACCUGUCGAAAACUCACCGACAGUUUCAUCAAGGGCUUGGAAAGAACGGCCAACAAGAACUUUGGUGGCGGGAACACAGCGUGGGAGGAAGAGAAGCUGGCCAAGUACACCCGCAGUGAGACGCGGCUGUUAGAAAUCGUGGAAUCUGCCUGUGAACAGACAGACUUUGAAUGUAACCAGCUGCUGGAGCAGAUCGAGGACCAGGUGGAGACCUGGUGGUUCCACAGGCAGCAGGAAGCCCCCGACCUGUUUGAGUGGCUGUGUAUAGAAGAGCUGAGACUGUGCUGUCCACCUGGGCACUACGGACCGGACUGCAGAGAGUGUCCGUCAGGACCCGGGGGUGUGUGUGGGGGCCUCGGUCGCUGUGAGGGGGAGGGGACUCGCCUCGGUGACGGGGAGUGUGUCUGUGACCCUGGGUACUCUGGCCGUCUGUGCCUGGACUGUGCCGACGGCUACUACAGGGAGAAGAGCUCCAACGACAGCACCAAGGACAGCACCGGCGUCUGCACAGCCUGCUACCACUCGUGUAAGAAAUGUUCAGGGCCGCAGGACUACAAAUGUCUGGCCUGCAAAUCCGGUUGGAUCCUCCAUGACAACAAGUGUGUAGACGUUGACGAGUGUGGGACCGAGCUGGCUCGCUGUCCCUCCAACACCUACUGUCACAACACUGACGGGUCACACGAGUGCAGAGGCUGUGACCAGGCCUGUGUGGGUUGUAUGGGGAGUGGUCCCGCACGCUGCAAAAAAUGUGCUCGUGGAUACAAACUGAAGGGAGCCAAGUGUUUGGACGUAGAUGAGUGUAAUGAGCGUGAAAUAGCGUGUCCAGGACUGAACGAGGCGUGCAUCAACGAGGAGGGCUCGUUCCACUGUGACUGUGCUGACGGCUUCAUCAGGAGAGACAGCAUCUGUGUGGAGAACAAACCCCCCGUGGACCCAGACAAGGGGCUGUUUGAUGACAUGACAGACGACGAGGUUCUGGUUCUGCAGCAGAUGUUCUUCGGCGUCAUCAUCUGUGCUCUAGCCACGCUCGCUGCAAAGGGCGACAUGGUUUUCACGGCCAUUUUCAUCGGCGGGGUGGCUGCUAUGGCUGGAUACUGGCUGACGGAGAAGGGAGACUACAUGCUGGACGGAUUCCUGAAGGGGCGCUAGACCACCUGUGGCCCCGGCCCCGGCCCCGGGCAUCAGCUGACCAAGGAGACGAGGUUGGACCAAGGCCGGAGACGCUCGCCUUUGGGCAUCUGUUUUGGGAAAUAACUUUCAAGGUCUGGCUUUUUGUUAGUAUGAAGUUAUGAACAGGACAAUGAUGGAGAAUAAAGUAAAGAACAUUUGAAGAUAAACCUUUGAAGUAAAGAACCUUUGAGGCCCAAACUCAUAAGGAAGACUGAGCAAGGCAACAUUGCACUGAUUUAAAGGAACUUUAACCUCUACCUCACCGUCGCUGGGAUCCUGCUGGUGGUCGAACAUCUAUUUAUGCAUCUAGAUUUUCUUCUGAUUUUGCUUGAGAUACGUCCAAACUUUAAAACCCUCCAGUCAUUUUGUCUGUCUAUGUUAGAAUGUUCCACUGAUUCUCCCUUUUUUUAGAAAUGUCCUAAAUCAGUGAGAAAAAAUACAUGAAAACCUCGGGUUAUUUAUCACGACUCCUGGGUUUUAUAUUUAAGGAGUGUUUUUAUCAGUAACAGCAUGGAAACAAAAAGAGAAAUGAAAGAAAACAACUGAGUUUUAACUGCUGCUGAAUCACAAACAACAACAACACUACUACUAUAACUAGUACUACUACUACCACUACUACUACUACUACACUGUGUUUAUGAAUGAACUGAAUGAUAAAAUCCUGAAUAAUGUAAGACCAUUUUAAUUGUCUUUUUAUUUUAUUUAUUUACAAUAUUUAUCAAAGCCUUGAUUGUAUUUCUGUUCAAUUUAGGAAUUGUACAUUUUAAUGUUAUUUAUUCAUUCUACUGUAAUUUAGGUCAUUAUUGUAGCAUCAUGUCCAAAAGCCCUGACGUUGGUCUGUCCAUUAAAUGAAGACGUCUUUACCACAGGA